AUGGCUGCUAUCCGCAACACCGUCCUCUUCCUCCUGGCUGCAACCACUGCCACAGUCUCCGCCGAGCAUCUCAAGGUCGUCUUCUCUGCCGGUGACUUCUCUACCAUUUCCGGCCCUGCUGGCGGCAACACCAACGGCCACUACGCCGGUUUCGCCAUCAUCAACGACAACGGCGAUGCCAUCUACAACGACGGCACCCCCGACGACCACUCCCCCUGCUACAACACCGGCGACGGCCGCGAGUUCACCAUCGAGGGUGACUGCUGGUCCAGCCCACGCACCUUCAAGUGCAAGGCCGACUUCGCUGGCCACCCUGACACUUGCGAGGUCAAGGACGCCGAUGGCAACAGCCUCGGAACUGGCAAGGGUGAGACCGAUACCACCUUCAUCGGCAUCUCGAUCGGUCAGGACUCCAGCUGUGUCGUUGAGUUUGAGUCCGACAGUGACGGCUGCCCUAUUGACGACGGCAACGGCCCUCUUCACGUCACCUCUGGUUAA